GACAGCCCGACGGCCGCAGUCGCGGUGGUGUCGUGUGCACGCCGGGGCUGCCUUGUGCUCCGCUGUGCUGCCGCCUGCCGCUGCACAAGCGUGGCAGCAGCCACAGCCACUCCACCCGGCGCAACGCACAGCGAUGCCCCGCACUGCGCAUUGCAGCUCGCUUGCAACGGCAGCAGUGCCCAGGUGCCGCGUGCUGCUAGCUCCUCUUCACCCUGCCCUGAUGCUGCCAUCUUGUCUGCACCCCGCAUUGCCUCGCUGCGCCGCAGCGCCGGCAGCGCACAUGCCGGCUCGCACGGUCCACAGCUUGCAUCGCUCCACCGACGCCAAAGCCUCAUAAGGCGUGGCCGUGCCGCUCCACGCAGCCGCUCGCCGUCCCCAUCUGACCCCCUCGUCACUACGCCAUGCCCUCGUUCAAGGCCCGUGCGCUCGUCGCGCCCGCUCCGGCAGAGCCCUUUGUGCUUGAGAAUUUCACCAUCAACACCGACAACAUCCCUGCCGGCCAGGCGCUUGUGCGCUUCAUCGCUUCGGGCAUCUGCCACACCGACAUUUCGGCGUGGAGCGGCCUCUUUGGGCCGAUGAUCCCCUCGCCCGCCGUGUUCGGCCACGAGGGCAGCGGCAUCGUCGAGUGGCUGCCGGCCGACUACGCGGGCCCGCUGCAGGUCGGCGACAAGGUCAUGGCCUCCUUUACGCGCUGCCAGGCGUGCUCCUUCUGCAAGGCCGGCCAGCUCAGCGGCUGCCACGUCUUUACGCCGAAGAACCUCGCCUGCUACGACGAGCGCAUGCAGCAGCAGACGAUCAAGCUCGACAGCGGCGUCGACGUCGUCGUUGGCUUCUUUGGCCAGUCGUCGUUUGCCAGCCACAUGCCGUGCCACUUUCAGUCGCUCGUCAAGGUCGAUGCCGACACGGCGCUGCCGCCCGUCACUGCGUUUGGCUGCGGCAUCAUCACGGGCUUCAGCACGGCGCUCUCGCUCAUGCCAAGCCACACGCCGCGCUCGUUUGAGCAGCUGCGCAGCCUCAUGUCGCUCAAUGGCGAGACGCUGCAGCGCGACGGCGUCGAGGCGGACGCCACGCCGCAGACCCUGGCCGUGUUCGGCAUUGGCUGCGUGGGUGCUGGCAGCCUUGUGUUUGCGUCCAAGGUCGCCUCCAAGCAGAUUCCCGUCGUCAUCGCGGUCGACAUUGACGACGCGCGCCUCGCACUCGCGACCAAGCUCGGCGCGACACACACGAUCAACAGCGCCGGCCUCUCGUCCGACGAGGUGGCCGCCAAGGUGCGCGAGCUGUCGCACGGCGGCACGGGCGCGACGAUGGUCGUCGAGGCGAGCGGCGUGCCGGCCUGCGUGGAGACGGGCAUCAAGGCACUGGGGCACCGCGGCCGGCUCGCCAUCGUCGGCGCCCCGGCGCCCGGCUCGAGCAUCCCGGUGGACGUGUUCAACCUGCUGAACAACCAGCAAACGAUCCGCGGAGUGAUGAUGGGCGACAGCGACCCGCUCAUCAUUCUGCCGCUGCUGCUCAAGCUGCACAAGCAGUCGCCGUGGAUGCAGCAUCUCGUGCAGGAGUACAAGCCCGAGAACAUGGCGCAGGCGCUCAAGGACGCCAAGGCCGGCACGACGAUCAAGCCGGUGCUGGUGUGGUGAGGAGGAGCAGGGUUAAUGUCAUUGUAGCAGCCACUCGCG